AUGUCGCAGCCCGAUCAAGCAUACGAAUUCGGUGGCCCUAUGUCGGAGGCCGAGCUUCAGUACGAGUGCGUCGGUUGCGGAGACACCAUGCGCCCUCCAAGCGCAGCAUCUAUCCACGGACUCGAAUUCUGUCAGCAAUGCUUCAACGCCGGUAUCCGUCCUCUCUUCGAACAAUAUCUUGCGAACGAACUUGCGCCCGUCGUUUGGCAGGGCCGAGCGAUCAGUUUCAACGUUGUGCGACACCAAUUCUCUGCAGAGUUCGUUUCGGCAUUUAGAGAGCGCGUAAGGGAGUACGCUGUGCUGCCGAGAAAUCGCAUCUACUGCGCUGGGAAGAUUCAAGGAAUUCCUUGUGAGAAGUUUCUUGGAGAUAAACGACGUUGGCGCAAUGAGGCGUUCUGUCUUGAAUGCAAGUCCGAGACUUGUACCUCUUGUGCUGCGAUCAUCGACCUUGGCGAACUUGAGCACAAAUGCGCGAUUCAGCUUGAUCCGCUCGCUGAUUUGGUUCGAGGCGCGGAUUACCAGCUAUGCCCGAAGUGCGGCCUCAAAGUCGAGUUGGCUGAAGCUUGCAAUCACAUGCAGUGCCAGUUGGCCGCGUGCGGCGGUACUUCAUUCUGCUACACCUGCGGCGAAGAGGUAGUUGCACGCGAUGGUCACUGGUCGGCUGGCCGUCUCUGCCCACGUUACAAUUUACCGAAUCCACUGAAGCCAAUGACACGAGACCGCCUAGCAGAGGAAAGCUACAUCCGGGAGCACGCGAUGGUUCGCCCUGCGAGAGACGAACUACACCGCGUGCGGAAAAACUUGGUUCUCAGUCGCCAAGUUCUGUCUGAAGAUCGCCUGGGGCUACUACAUCAUCCAGAUGCUCAGGAAGCCCAGCGAGCACUGAUUAAAGCUAUGAGGCCUUUCCUAAUGGCGUUCGAUAGAUUGGAAGGAAGAAUACUUGAACACGGCCCAGUGGUGAAAAAGAGAGCUGCUCUUGCCCCAGCGAUCAGGGAGGCGUAUCUCAGUGGGAUAGCGAAGGAUGAUCGUGCUUCGUUGCUGCAGUAUCCCGCAAUUGCCAGCGGAUAUGCCGAUCUGGAGAGAACCAUUGCCGCCGCGCCCAGGGACGAAAUUUUUGCUGAACUCGUUCGUCAGCUACAGCAAGAGUAA